CAACGACAUCGCCCUCGACAAGCUCCGUGCAACAAAAAUGUCUCGCGCAGCUGAAGCAGCUAUGGCUGCAAGCUAUAAAAGUCUAAAAGAGGAUUUUGUCUCGGGUUUAACUGGUGGUUCGAUAUGGGAAAUCAAUUAUGUCACAGCUGUAGCUCCCGUACGUGAACCACUCCUUUUUGUAACCUCACUUCUAAUAAUUCGUGAUAGGUAGCACUUAUUUUCUGGUCGGCGCUUCAGUCGCGAUUCUCGAUUUUUAAACCAUAUACCCCACUGGCAUUCGUGAUUGAUUUCUGCUUGAAUGUCGGAAACAUCCUCCUCGCAACAACGGCAUACUCGAAAAUGCCCCUCCUCCUCAAUCUCCUCAUCCUCGCCCCAAUCCCAAUUAUAUAUGCCAUUCCCAAGGCUUCCUCCCCCAAGAAACCCAAACUCCCACCAAUGAGAGAAGCGAGGGACCUCACAAGCCAGAGUCCCUUUCCUAAGAAACCCUUUCUUACAUAUUACCGGGGAUGCAUGAUAGUCAUAACCUGUCUUGCCAUCCUCGCCGUCGACUUCCGGAUCUUCCCCCGGCGCUUCGCAAAGGUCGAGAACUGGGGCACCUCUCUCAUGGACGUAGGCGUGGGAUCGUUCGUCUUCUCUGCGGGCGUCGUGGCCGCUCGCCCGCUACUAAAGGAGAAAAUGGCAGGCAAAUCCACACCUCUGCGUACACGUCUCUACCGCUCCAGCCGGCACUCGCUCCCCCUCAUCGUCUUAGGAUUCGUGCGUUUGUGGAGUGUCAAGGGGUUGGAUUAUGCGGAACACGUUACGGAAUAUGGGGUGCAUUGGAAUUUCUUCUUCACGUUGGGGUUCUUGCCACCAUUCGUUGCACUUUUCCAGUCGGCAUUUAAGGUGGUGCCUUCGUAUGCUGCUUUGGGAAUCAUUCUUUGCGCGGGGUAUCAAAUUGCACUUGAAUUCACGACUCUCAAAGCGUUUAUUUUGACGGGUCCAAGAACGAAUUUGUUUGAUAAGAACAGAGAGGGAAUAUUUAGUUUCUUUGGCUAUCUGGCGAUCUUCCUCGCGGGACAGUCUACGGGAAUGAUAGUCAUCCCUCGCACUUUGUCCAAAACCGCAAUCCACGGGACGGCGCAACGUAAACGUCUUCUGUUAACUCUGUUCGCGUGGUCCUCGAUAUGGAUAUCCCUCUUCUUCGUAACAACAUCCUACAACUACGGACUCGCCAUCUCCGUUUCUCGCCGUCUCGCAAAUCUCCCGUAUUUCUUCUGGACAUGUGCAUUCAACUCUGUCCAACUAACUGCUUUCUGCCUCGUGGAAACCAUCUUCUUCCCACAAGCCUACAAAAGCUCAGAUUCCAAGUCUGAGAAAGAAGCCUAUGAGAUAGCUACUAGCAAAGUCCUGGAGGCUUACAACCGCAACGGUCUAGCUAUUUUUCUUGCCGCGAAUCUGGGGACGGGAUUAGUUAACAUGACGAUCCCGACGCUGCAUGUUAGUAACAUCCAAGCGAUGGCGAUUCUAUUUGGGUAUGCGGCUGUAUUAACGGGGUUGGCGGUGGGCUUGGAUGGGUAUGAUAUUUCGAUUAAAAUGUCAUAAUAAAGCCCUGGUUUAAACGCCCUUAAGUUAUCAACUCAAAUAUAUAUUGUCCACUUACCCUGUAAAUCCCCAUCAAAUUGCCAUCCCGGAAAUCACAGGUAAAACAAACAAAAUCCCAUCACCCACCGACCAUCGAAAUCGCCACCCAAGCAUCAUCCAUACGCCUCGCAUCCAAAGUCUCCUCGUACCGGCCCCUUUUCUCCAAAUUACCCCGAAAUACCAUACCAUACCAUGUGGAAAAUCACACAUUUUAUUUCUAAUUUUUCCCCCUUUGCUUUUACUCAUUUAUUUAUUUUCCUUCUAGAAGAGAUUUUCCGUCAUGCUAUUAUAGUGCUAAUAUCCCAUCUAUAGUACUCAACCUUUUAAACUCCAGCCUACCCCCUGGAUUUGGUCGUAAGGCUGAUGUUGGAACACGUGAGAUGGAGAUAUAUUGCUUGUACUGUAUUUUGAUUUAUUGGAUUAAGCAUGUAUACAAGCACUUUGGAAUGCAUGAACUUUGAGAUCUCGAUCCUUGUGUAUACACUUCCUGGCUUUCUUCAUGAAGAUUGAAGGAUUUGCGAAGGAGAAUUUUUUCUUGUUGUUUUGAAAUUUUGGGAGGGGAUGGAAGGGUGGUGAGUGGUGAGUAUGGGUUUUGAUUCGUUGGAGGGUUGGUGAUGGGGAUGGCGAUGAUACUCCAUGUAUACUUUACUUGAUAUACCGUACUGUACCCCGAACCCGGGUUCGGGAUAUUCUUGUAUCUGUUAUGUAUAGUAAGGCUUGUAAAGUUCCGACGAACUGGAGAUAUUGAUUCUUGUGUGGAUUGGUUUGGUUCUUUGGUUUGGUAGCGAAAGAUUUGCUUUGCUUUGCUUUAUUUUCGAUGAGAUCUGCUUUUUAUAUACUAUGUAAUAUUUUCAUACUUGACUUAGCUUAGCUUGAGAAAUGGA